UGAUGGGACUAAGGCCUGCUGUCUUCCCUGAUGUGGGGAGUAGAGGAAGCAGAUGGAUGUGCAGGGUGGGGAGUGUGACAAACUUGGCAUCUCAAGAGAGAAUCUUAUCAUGGGAUGUACUGUCCUCAUUAUGACAGGAUAUGAACUUUGAGGACGUGGCCAUUGCGUUCGCUCAGGAGGAGUGGGAGAUCCUUGAUGAGGCUCAGAGACGUCUGUACUGUGAUGUGAUGCUGGAAGUGUUUUCACUUGUAUCAUUCGUAGGUCCUUGGCAUAAGAUGGAUGAUGUGGGGGCCUAUUCUGAGCACUGUGUAUCUGUAGGAGAUUCUCAGAUCAGGGCUUCCGAGACAGCUUUAGCCACCCAGAGGACCCAUCUGUGUAAGCCGUGCUUCUCAGUGUUAAAAGAUAUUUUGCACCUGAGUGAGUUACAAGUGGUUUACUUUGAGAAGAACGUGUUCUUAAGUGAUGCAUGUUUGAGAGACUUGUGUUUCAGUGCAAACCCUCACCAGCAACAGAAGGAUGCCAGUGGAGAGAAGCCCUGGAAGGAAGAUAUGGAGAGCACCUUGCUUGUGACCAGUUGCUGCUUCUACUUAUCUGGGAUGCCUGUAGCUAGGACGGAGGUUGGGGAAGACUCCCCAGCCAUUUUAGGGCUUCUCCAACACCAGGCCACUCUGAACACUAUGGAGCCACACAGUAACAAUGAGAUUUCACAGGAAUUUCUAAGUGGAAAAAGACAUCACCAGUGGGUUGAACGUGAAAGAGCUGACAGCCAGAAACAGAAAGUUGCUUAUCAGAAAAGUCUCUGCUCUGGAGAUAUGAUUUAUGAAUAUAAUAAAUGUGGGGAAGUGUGUAGACAAAUGUUUAACCACCCUCCACAUGGGAGAGUUCACACUGGAGAAAAGCCAUAUGAGUGUACCGAUUGUGGGAAGGUCUUCAGUGAAAGCACUGCUCUCACUAAACACCACAGUGUUCACACUGGAGAAAAGCCACAUGAGUGCAGUGAAUGUGGGAUAUCCUUUCGUCAAAAGUGUCACCUGACUAUACACCAAAGAGUUCACACUGGAGAAAAGCCAUAUGAGUGUAGCGAAUGUGGGAAGGGUUUCAUAGAAAAGUCUGCCCUCACUAAACACCACAGAGUUCACACUGGAGAAAAGCCAUAUGAGUGCAGUGAAUGUGGGAUAUCCUUUCAUCAAAUGUGUCACCUCUCUAACCACCGCAGAGUUCACAUUGGAGAAAAGCCAUAUGAGUGUAGCGAAUGUGGGAAGCAUUUCAGAGAAAAGGCAGCCCUCACUAAACACCACAGAGUUCACACUGGAGAAAAGCCAUAUGAGUGUAGCGAAUGUGGGAAGCAUUUCAGAGAAAAGGCAGCCCUCACUAAACACCACAGAGUUCACACCGGAGAAAAGCCAUAUGAGUGUAGUGAAUGUGGGAUAUCCUUUCGUCAAAGGUCUCACCUCAGUAAACACCACAGAGUUCACACUGGAGAAAAGCCAUAUGAGUGCAGUGAAUGUGGGAAUCAUUUCAGUGUAAGGGCUGCCCUCACUAUACACCACAGAGUUCACACUGGAGAAAAGCCUUAUGAGUGUAGUGAAUGUGGGAAGCAUUUCAGAGAAAGGGCUGCCCUUACUAUACACCACAGAGUUCACACUGGAGAAAAGCCAUAUGAGUGUAGCGAAUGUGGGAAGCAUUUCAGUGAAAGGAAUGCCCUCACUAAACACCACAGAGUUCACACUGGAGAAAAGCCAUAUGAGUGUAGUGAAUGUGGAAUAUCCUUUCGUCAAAGGUCUCACCUCACUAAACACCACAGAGUUCACACUGGAGAAAAGCCAUAUGAGUGUAGUGAAUGUGGGAAGCAUUUCAGUGAAAGGGCUGUCCUCACUAAACACCACAGAGUUCACACCGGAUAAAAGCUAUAUGAGUGUAGUGAUUGUGGGAAAUCCUUUAGUGAAAACUCUAUCCCCAGUGAACACAAGAGAGUUAACAUUGUUGAGUGUAUUGAGUGUGGGAUUUCUUUUAGCUACAACCAUAACCUGGUUAGAUAUCUGAAGUUUCACACUGGAGAAAAGAUGUAAAUGUGCAGGGAAUGUUUUAUUUUUCUCACUAAGAGUAAGAACACUUAAGGGGCUCUAUGGGACCCAUUUACAUGAAUGUAAACCCCUUUAAUGAGAACAUACACUCUGCUAGAUUUGUCAUAAAAUUGAGGUACAAGUGAGACUUGAAGGAGCUGCAUUGUACUUGCUGACAUGCCGAGACCUACAACCCAAAUGAUGUCACUGUGAUUGUUUAUCGCUGAAGAGAUUUCACAGCUAACACCUGGCUCACCUGAGGAGUGUGCAUCGGUCACAUUCCCUGGGUGCUCAGGGGAAUGUAUUCUGUGUUCUCGCUUCUGCUUGAGGUAAUUAUGGUUCCUCCAAGCUCUUGGCAGUAUCUUCAUUCAUUUCUCUAUGACUAGAAAAUGGACCUGACCCAGGAUUCAUCCAGAGCACCUGUUCUCAGCUAAGAAGUGCUACCUCUUUCAGGGACAUAAUGGUACUCACAUUAUGCUUUGAUAAAUUUUGAGGGUUUCUUAUUCACCAACCUGCAAACUCUGAGCUCUCCUCUGCUCUGUUUAUGAUGAUUUUUUUAAAGGUGUUUUUA